AUGGGGGCUGUGGGGCCGCAGCAGCCCUACUCGCAGGCUGUCCUGGUGGGAGUGGGCUCUGAGGAGGACAGCCCACCCGUCUUCCCAGCGGACCGUGCCGCUUGCGGCUCAGGCAUUCGUCUGUCUCCCAGCCCGUUUCCUGAAAGCACCUUCCCAUGGUGGAGCCCCUCAGGGAGGUGCAAGGGGAGGCGAAGCCCCGAGGGGGCUGAGGCUGCAGGUGACCCUAGCCAGCCCCGUUCUUGCUUUAGGGCAACCAUUGACGAGGUGGAGACGGACGUGGUGGAGAUUGAGGCCAAAUUGGACAAGCUGGUGAAGCUGUGCAGUGGCAUGGUGGAAGCUGGUAAGGCCUACGUCAGCACCAGCAGGCUGUUCGUGAGCGGCGUCCGUGACCUGUCCCAGCAAUGCCAGGGCGACACCGUCAUCUCGGUGAGGGGCCAACUGACCUCUGACCUCAAGGAAUGCCUGCAGAGGUUCGCUGACAGCCUACAGGAGGUGGUGAACUACCACAUGAUCCUGUUUGACCAGGCCCAGAGGUCCGUGCGGCAGCAGCUCCACAACUUUGUCAAAGAGGAUGUGCGGAAGUUCAAGGAGACAAAGAAGCAGUUUGACAAGGUGCGGGAGGACCUGGAGCUGUCCCUGGUGAGGAACGCCCAGGCCCCGAGGCACCGGCCCCACGAGGUGGAGGAAGCCACCGGGGCCCUCACCCUCACCAGGAAGUGCUUCCGCCACCUGGCACUGGACUACGUGCUCCAGAUCAAUGUCCUGCAGGCCAAGAAGAAGUUUGAGAUCCUGGACUCUAUGCUGUCCUUCAUGCAUGCCCAGUCCAGCUUCUUCCAGCAGGGCUACAGCCUCCUGCACCAGCUCGACCCCUACAUGAAAAAGCUGGCGGCCGAGCUGGACCAGCUGGUGAUCGACUCUGCGGUGGAAAAGCGUGAGAUGGAGCGAAAGCACGCAGCCAUCCAGCAGCGGACGCUGCUGCAGGACUUCUCCUACGAUGAGUCGAAAGUGGAGUUUGAUGUGGAUGCACCCAGUGGGGUGGUGAUGGAGGGUUACCUCUUCAAGAGGGCCAGCAACGCUUUCAAGACGUGGAACCGGCGCUGGUUCUCCAUUCAGAACAGCCAGCUAGUCUACCAGAAGAAGCUCAAGGACGCCCUCACCGUGGUGGUGGACGACCUCCGCCUGUGCUCUGUGAAGCCAUGUGAGGACAUCGAGCGGAGGUUCUGCUUCGAGGUGGUGUCACCCACCAAGAGCUGCAUGCUGCAGGCCGACUCCGAGAAGCUGCGGCAGGCCUGGGUCCAGGCUGUGCAGGCCAGCAUCGCCUCCGCCUACCGCGAGAGCCCUGACAGCUGCUAUAGCGAGAGGCUGGACCGCACAGCAUCCCCGUCCACGAGCAGCGUCGACUCUGCCACCGACCCUCGGGAGCGUGGCGUGAAGGGCGAGAGUGUGCUGCAGCGUGUGCAGAGCGUGGCCGGCAACAGCCAGUGCGGCGAUUGUGGCCAGUCGGACCCCCGCUGGGCUAGCAUCAACCUGGGCGUGCUGCUCUGCAUCGAGUGCUCUGGCAUCCACAGGAGCCUGGGUGUCCACUGCUCCAAAGUCCGGUCCCUGACGCUGGACUCGUGGGAGCCAGAGCUGCUAAAGCUGAUGUGUGAGCUUGGAAACAGAGCCGUGAAUCAGAUCUAUGAGGCCCAGUGUGAGGGUCCAGGCAGCAGGAAACCCACAGCCAGCAGCCCCCGGCAGGACAAGGAGGCCUGGAUCAAGGACAAAUAUGUGGAAAAGAAAUUUCUGCGGAAGGCACCCAUGGUACCAGCCCUGGAGGCCCCAAGACGCUGGAGGGCACAUAAGUGCCCACGGCCCCACAGCUCUCCCCGCGUCCCCACUGCCCGCCGCAAGGUCCGGCUUGAGCCUGUCCUGCCGUGUGUGGCUGCUCUGUCCUCAGUGGGCACCCUGGAUCGUAAGUUCCGCCGAGACUCCCUCUUCUGCCCCGACGAGCUGGACUCACUCUUUUCCUACUUCGACGCAGGGGCCGCGGGGGCUGGCCCUCGCAGUCUGAGUAGCGACAGUGGCCUUGGGGGCAGCUCGGAUGGCAGCUCGGACGUCCUGGCUUUCGGCUCAGGCUCUGUGGUGGACAGCGUCACUGAGGAGGACUGA